AUGUGGUGUGCAGCUGAUGUUUUGCAAUUUGGUGGUGUUUGUGGAGAAGGCAGUGGUGGUGUUUAUGAUAACUCAACUGAUGUUUGUGGAGAAGGCAAUGGUGGUGUUUGUGAUGAAGGUAAUCCCACUGAUGUUGGUGUAGAAUGCAAUGGUGAUGGUUGCGAUGAAGGUAAUGUGACUGAUGUUGGAGUAGCAGGCAGUGGUGUGGGUUGUGAUGAAGAUUAUUUGGCUGAUGUGGGUGUACAAGGCAGUGUAUGUGUGUUGGAAACUUCUCCUGGGCUGACUAAGCAGCACUCAAUUCGGAAAGAUAGGGAUGGUGUUGCUGUGGAGAAGCACAUAGUAUGUAACCGUCAGGGUUAUAAGCAGAGGGUUUCUAGGGUUGCUAAAACUACUUUGGCGAGGAGACGGAGGGUGACAAAUAGGGUUGGUUGUAAGGCUAAGGUUGUGAUAAAGCGUAAGUCUAAUGGGUUUCUCGAUGCUGGGCACCAAAUGUUUAUUGCUAGUUGUGUUCGGGCAAAUAUUGGGUCUGUUCAGUCAUAUAGGCUGUUUAAAGAGAUUGUUGGUGAGUAUUCCAGUGUCGGGGCUACAGGUGUGGAUUUUAAGAAUUUCAAGCGUGACCAGAUGGCGUACAUUCUAAAUGAUGAUGCUCAAUUAUUCAUAGAUACGCUAUUUAAGAGACGUGAGUUGUGUGAGGCAUUUGAUUUUGAAUAUGAUGUUGAUGAAGGUGAUCAGCUUUCAAGGGUUUUUUGGGUGGAUGCAGUAUCUAGGAAGAAUUUUGCAUUGUUUGGUGAUGUUGUUUCAUUUGAUGCUGCAUACCGUACUAACAGGUAUAAGUUGGUGUUUGUUCCAUUUACUGGAAUUGAUAACCAUAAGAGAUCCAUCACCUUCGGUGCUGGUUUGCUCAUGAGGGAAGAUGUAGACUCAUAUGUGUGGCUUUUGGAGAAAUUUAAGAAAACUAUGUGUCAUGACCCUAUAUGUGGUGUUACUGAUCAAGAUCCAGCUCUCAAGGUUGCUGUUGCUCGCGUGUUUGGUACAUCAAAACAUAGAUUUUGCAUGUGGCAUAUAAUGUGCAAGGUUGGUGAGAAGGUUGGACCGAUUCUAUCUAAAGAUGAAGUGUUUAGGAGGAAGUUGAAUGGCAUUGUCUGGAACAAAUCACUGGACUCCAAGUCCUUUGAGGAGGCAUGGAGUUGUAUCAUGGAGGAAUAUGGUUUGGGUGACAAUGGUUGGUUUCAUUACUUGUUCGAGUCUCGUAGAUAUUGGGCAUCCCCAUAUUUUCACGACGAGUUUAUGUCAGGACUGACACCAUUGGCUUUGGAGAAGCAUGCAAUGGAUGUUUACACCAUUUCUGUAUUUUAUGAUGUUCAAGUAGAGAUUUGUGCAGCUUGUUAUUCGUGUCAAGUGGUGUCUUUGUGUGAUUGUGAUGUCCAUGUGUCAUAUGGGAUAAAAGAUGGUGCCCAACGGGCAUGGUAUGUGGUGUCUCGGUGGACAAAGGGUGCUUGUUUGAAGCCAAUAUUUCAUAUUAAUGAUACAAUUGUUGAUCAAUCUUCUAAAGUGGAGAAUGUUAGGAUUUUUACUAAUCUAUUGUGGUCUGACAUAUAUGCUUGCGUGGGCUUGGCUGAUGGUAAUAUAGAACGUUUGUCACAGCUACGACGUGUUAUUUGCGAGCAAAGACAAUUAUAUCUCCAAGAGGGGAGUGAGGAUGGCAGUGGGGUGGUGGCUGGUGGAGGAUCACGCACCUCCACUGUUGAACCCUAA